UCGCAGACACUCACAGGCCGGACAGGAGAGAAGAUGAACACGGGAUCCCGGGAGAGCGGCACCGACAGAGCGGGAGGCGAUGGGCAGAAGCACCGUGAGAUCAGAAACACUCGCAAUGGGCGGAGGCCGCUGGACGGGGGCUGAUCGCAGCAGCAGUUAUUCUGGGCACCUUGGCAUGGAGAUGCUUAAAAUGGUUCCAUCUUCACCCUACGAUGGACCUUCCCUGGAGAAGGACUACCUUCUGCUGUGGAUUUCUGGUGUGUGGUGGAAACUUUUGGAGGUCUGCCUGUUCCUGCUCAAGGAACUCUUUUCCACAAGCAGUGUGCAUUAUGGGCUAACAGAAAUGAUGAGGAAGAGAAACAUUUACCACCAACCACACUGCCAGGUGGGCAACACCAUGGGGAAUAAGGACAUGGAAUUAAAAUGCAACAGGAAUUGUCUGGGCCCAUUGCAGUGCAGUGCUGGUGUUCACCCUGAUUUGCUGCCCCAUUACAUUCUACCUGGAGACAACUUGCCAGUGGCUAAAGGGAAAUCAUCAGCUGGAAGUGACUGCCAGAUGGAUACUCUGCUUGAAAGCCAAAGUGAAAUGACAUUCAGUUGUACAAAUCCACUCAUUCUCGCCAUGAUCCAGCCAGACAUGGAAGAGAAUGCCCAGUCACUGGACUGGGAAGAUGAACAACUUCCUUCUGAUUGGCUUAGUGACUCAGAGGAGAACAUAGAUGAUGCAGAGUCCAGUGACUGGUCCACUGAUGAUGAUUCAUGUGAUGAAAGUGACUCUCAUCUAUGGGACUCCUUUUUUCAAAAUGACCCCUACAAUCCUUUGAAUUUUUCAGCAGCUACUGGGCAACGAGACCUGACUUGCAAGACUGAUACAUAUGAAGAGGAUUCUUCCAUGGUUCAGUUUGAAUCUGAAGAGUCUGACCAGAUGUGGGACUCGUUCUUUCAAAACACUGAUCCUUUAAACCCAUCGAACUUCUCUGCUUGCACCACCACCUGUGCAUCCAGUAACCAAGGAGUGAAGGAAGGAGCCUGCAGCACUGAGCUGUCAAAGGAAGGACUAUCAGAGACCCCUGGUCUGUGCUUCAACACUGACCUCUCUAAUGGCAUGGAGCAGCCUGCACCAACCUCGAAGCAAGAAAGCAGUGAGAACCAGAGAACGGUCAAAAAGGUCCGAUUCUGUCCUGUGGUUGAAGUUCACCGGAUGAUUGUGUGGGAUUUUGCCUAUCGAGCUGCUCGUAAGGGUCCCUGGGAACAGCAUGCACGAGAUCGAAGUAGGUUCCAGCGUCGCAUUGCUGAUACUGAGGCAGCAAUUGGCUUCUGUUUGGAUCAGGAGCACAGGUGUGCUGUGUGGACAAAGCUUUAUGGCAAUUCAACUGCAAGAGUCAGUUCAGACCCUGAGCUGGGAUACACAGACGAGCACAUCUGGGGAACAAAAACACAAUGCUGACAAAGGCCCUCCCACAAAUGAGGCCCUGACCUGAGUGUUUGCAGCACUCUGUUUUUGCUUUGGAUUUUCAGUAUCUGCAGUCUUUUAAUCUUCACUUCUGGCAGGCAGCCAUCUGCACUUCCAUUCUAGUGCUCACUGAGAUUGUAAAAAUUGCAAUGAAGGCAGUCCCAUUAUUGGGCCUUUAGUUGUUUCUUUUGGUUUGGGUGUGGAGUCUGGAUUUGAAACUUAACCCCUACCAAGUUUGUGCAAUGUAGAAAUUUGUAUUUGCCUAGAAUUUUAUUCUUAUUGUUUAAUAAAGCAUUAUUCCUGA